AUGUCCAAUCCCUCCCAAUUGCUGCUCCUGGCCGACCACAUCAAACUCUCUUUACUCGAAAGACAACGUGCCAUUUCGUUAAACCUUGACCCAAACCCCUCCCAAGAUUCCAACAUCUCUCGAUCAUUAGAGUCCUUCCGCGAAGGAAUUGAAUCGUUAGCCACCAGAUCCUCUGAUGUCGACUCUCUCGAUAAGCUUCGGUCGCAAUACAAUGACCUCUCUCGCCAAUUUCAGGGCGAUGACUCCUCUACUGUCGAGGAUACUUUGUCAUCUCCCAACGAUGCCGCUUUGAAGGGAGACUUCGACAGAGCAAAGACGAGGAAACCGAGCGAUGCAGCCUCGCGACAGAAGGCAUCAAAUCUCCGAAGACAAGACUCUUCUCAAAAUCCGGCCAAAAAUGUCCGCUUCCGAGAUAACUCCAGUCAGGAAUCUCUCGAUGCUCAAGACGAAGCAAAUCGUGCCAGUUUAUUUCCAUCAAGAUAUACCGACGAUGACUCGGCGCGGGUAAAGACACCGGAUCCCACUGAGGCAAUGUCGAACCAACAGAUUCAUACAUACCACCAACAGGUAAUAGAGGAGCAAGACGAACAACUAGACCGAUUGGGUGAGUCUAUUGGUCGUCAGAGACAUCUUGCCAUGCAAGUUGGAGAUGAACUCGAGGGUCAGAUUGCCCUACUAGACGAAGUAGACCGGGGCGUCGACCGCCACCAAGGCCGACUUGACGGCGCCAAACGACGACUCAAGGGCGUCAGUCAGAAGGCCUCACAGAUUUGGGGUAUGACAACCAUUAUCAUCCUGAUCGUGAUUCUGGUCUUACUCAUUGUGGUUUUGAAAUGA